CCACAGCGAUUCUGGAUUCUUCGCGCGCGAAGGGAGCUGGCCAUGGUUACUGCGACUAUUAGAAGCGCGUACACUGUUAAUGCCAGUAGAUGUUUGUAAACGGCGUCGCUGACCCGUUUAAUGCUUGUUUCGUGUACCGUAUGCCCGCGAGGGUGCAGUUUGUUCCAGCUUGUCGAUCUUUUUUUCUUUUCCUCACACUUUCGAAACAAUCUACGCGGCAACCAUCGCGGCCAUGGAAUUUCCAGUUUUGGUACGGUCCAGUGUUGAAGAUCUACUCGCUGCUGAUUUUCGGAAUCAUGGAUAGCACGCUGACGGAAUUUGAGGAAAACUUGUUCUUCGACAUCGACGAUCCGGAUUUCGCUCCCUCGAACCCCUGCGCCAUUGCUCAUAAUGUCCUUCACAACGUGCAAAUCACCGACAUCGCGUUCGGCGUCAACAAAUUUGUAACCCACCAAAACAACAACAUGUCUGUCACCACAUCUGUGCAACCUGCCACUGAGAGUCUGUCUCGCCAUGGAAGCAACAUCUCGUUGUCCUGCCACAGUUUGUGCGGAAGUGUUGACGAUGGUCUUCAAGGAUCGCAUCCACAGUACCAGGACACGAUCCUUACCAUUGAGGAACUUCGUGCUCAAUUGAACUCUUGCUUCACAUGUGGGGUUUCGUGGAGUGAAGAUCAUGUAUCCCUCGACUGCAGUGAAUGCGGUGGUUAUUCCCUUCAACGGCCGUGCCCACUUUGCGACGGACGUUGCCACACCGCGUGGAAACGCGACCUUACCAUGGUAAACAUCUAUUUUUUGCCUUGGAUCACCAUGCUCCCUUGUAAACAUCACCAAGAACACUUCGAUCGACCUAACGUCUCCGGGACAGAGCUAUUCAAUCCCACGCUAGUGGAAAAGCAAGAUGGAUCGGCGAAUGUGGACUGAGUUGUGGCCCCGCCCACGAAGAGUCGCUGGUACCAGCGUUGGAAAAACUACGAGCCACCUCGUGAACGGUGCUCGGCGACGAAUGCAUAGAAAGACGUCGUGUACCGUCACCCAGCACAAGACUUAAUCCAUCACCAUCCAUAUAGUGUCACCCACCACCAUCGUGCGAGUCGGAAACGUGUGAAUGUGGACUCUGGUUGCAUAAAUGAUACAUUAUGUUCCUGAGGGAGGAGAAGAUCGGAAUGGCCGACAGUCCAACAGUGAAAAGCCGUUCUUCUCCUGUGGCUUCCUCUGUCAACGAUGCAUCACCACAAACGGGCGAUUGGCAGAUUCUUUUUCAAGAGCUGAAACCGAUCCGUUUUUUCAUCAUCAUUGCCGCUGCCCCGAAUAGAACGAACAGCUACUGCGCGAAUUCAUGGCUGCUGGCAAUAACUUCUCACUAGAUUACAUUCGAGGAACAUUGGUGCAAUGCGUUGGAUGUCCUUGUGUAUUUUAAAGCUCGACCUAUAUUUCAUUCGAAUCGUACAAAUCUUCUGUAGCACACUUAUGCACGCGAUCUAUGAUUUCUAAAGCGAUUCUGCGAAAGGUAUUAAUUCGAUUCGUAAAAGAACAAUUUUGUAUUUCAAAUAGUAUGUUCUCUGCACGUUUUUUCGGAACAUUCAGUUUGUACUCACGUUUCGUUGACACCCGGCAUUGUUAAACACCUGUGAACUCCAAUUCAAGAAAACUGAGAAAUUUAUCCAAGAUUGUAGUGUACACGCUUUUAUGAUUACGAAUCGUUGCAAUAUUUUGACAAAAGUAAUAAAGAAAUACUUGCGCAAAAUGAUUGACUGUUGUUGAGUGUGAGAAAUAGCUUCAGAAAUGUACGUCACAGCGUUCUGCGGACCCAUAAGGGAUCAUUUUCGUGUUUAGCUUAUAAUACAAGGUCAUAGACUUUUUUUAGCAAUGUAAUUUUGGUCUCGAAGAAAUGCACAAUAAUUGUUCAAGUUUUAAGUAAUGUUCUGCGCAAUUAAAACGGUGGAACAUUCUUUAAAGUGAGGAUACAAAUUUCUAUUAGGAUCAAUUUAUUUUGAAAUGGAUAUUUGGAUCAAAAUAUAUUACUGCUUGUAUGAAUUUGUUUAACUUUCGAAAAUGAUACGCUAAAAAAGAACAGUAACACAUUUCAAAGAAUAUAGCAUAUGUGAUCAUUGUUACAAUGAGUACAUGUACUAAAUCAAAAUUAGGAACUAAAUUUUUAUUCUGAAAUUAGAUAGAAUUAUACCUUCCGAAAAAAUAUCCAUUACAUUCGAGUAUUAGACUGAUAAUUAGGUAAAAUUCGCAACCAAAUGUUUUUCGUAGUUAAGAAAGACGUAUCGAAUUCAAGAAGAAAUAUUCGUAUGCCGAAGAAUGUAAACUAAAUUGAGUACAAAAGUAAUGAUGAGCUUUCUGAAUGUAUACGAUCAGAAAAUAUGCAUGAGAAAAAUUUGAGACCAUUGAAUAAGUGAUACGUCUUCGUCUACGAUUGCAUUUCGAAAAGUUGGUGCUAAGUGCCAAGAGACACGAAAUUAGCCUAAGAAGCUGAACUGAAGGAAGAAAUAUCAGUUGAAGUAGAAGCUAGUAAAUGUAAUAAUCUUCUUUUUACGAGUUAAAUACAUUGUAACUGCGAUAAAAACGAUGAUGAUUAAUGAUCGUGUGCCGGCAGUAAUUUUACUAAAUGUAAAUGCCAUUUUAAAUUGAAUUGUUAGAAAAUAGUUAGAACGUGAAAGUCGCCAGUUUCAAUUAGUAAGGUUUAUUGAGUUCUGUUCAUAAACGCGUAUGUUGUAGUUCAUGCAAGAGACAUAAUUUGUAACAAAAAGCAGCAUUUAUGUUGGUGCCAAUGAUUUUUCGAAUUUGUACUAUAACUCAUUUUUUUUAAACAAUAAUUAUAAAAUGUUAGUACCAAGUUUCGUAAGGCAUUGUAUAUUCAUUCACGAUAUUCAUUUUCGAACGUGUUUGUAUUCUUUGAUGGUAUAAUGUUUCGUAUGUGAGAACAUGUUCAUCAAAUCCAUGCUCAUUUAAAUUAAACUGUAAUUUGUAACGUUUUCUGAAGUAUUAGCUCAGCGAACGAGCUUUAGUUUAAUGCUUUAGAAAAUAUCUUCGGUAGCGUUUUUAUUUAAUCCGUAAAAUUCUUAUUUAUGACCAGAAUAUUAAAAAUUAUGGGUUUAAUAAAUGAUAUUCGCCAGAA